AUGAGCAGCCCGAAGAGAAAUAUAAUCGCGAUAGUUGGAACCACUGGCGUGGGCAAAUCACAGUUUAGCAUAGAGCUAGCGAAACAACUUAACGGAGAGAUCAUAAACGCCGACUCCAUGCAAGUGUACAAAGGGGCGCCAUUGAUAACAAAUAAACAUCCCUAUGAUGAACGUGAAGGGAUACCACACCAUGUCAUGGACCACGUUAAUUGGGGAGAGGAGUAUUUCAUACAUAGAUUCAGCCAGGAGGCAAACGCUGCCAUUGAAGACAUACACUCGAGGGGAAAGUUGCCCAUUGUAAUUGGCGGUACUCACUACUAUUUGCAGAAGUUGCUUUUUAAGCAUAAAACGGCCGGAGAAAAGGAUGAGAGGGCCAAGCUACGAACACUCUCCGAGGAAGAAAAGGAACUACUCAAUGGACCUGUGGAAGAGGUAUUCAAGAAGCUUCAGGAAGUUGAUCCAGUUAUAGCGGGCAAGUUUCACCCGCAGGAUCAAAGGAAGCUCAUGCGGGCUCUUGAGAUAUACUUGACCACCGGUGAAAGGGCCAGUGAAGUAUACAAGGAGCAGAAGCUCGAAGAGUUUGAAGAUUCCUCUCUCAAGUAUAACACGCUUUUUUUUUGGCUAUAUUGCGAUAAAGACGUUUUGCUGGAACGUUUAGAUAAAAGAGUCGAUAAAAUGAUAGAGGGAGGGGCGCUUGGUGAGAUACGGGACUUGUAUGAAUUUUACCUGCAACAGGACCCAAGGCCCGAUUGCACACGAAGCAUUUUGCAAGUCAUUGGCUUCAAAGAAUUUUUGCCCUGGUUGACAGGAGGGGAGCAGGAUGGAAAGCGUUUUGCAGAGGGCGUAGAAAGAAUGAAGAUCCGCACAAGACAAUACGCUAGGUACCAGGUGAAGUGGAUAACGAAGAUGCUAGGGGUAGAACUUCACAAGGAGUCACGGUUCAACUAUAAGUACGGAGGGAAAAUGUAUCUUCUUGAUGCUACAGAUUUGAGCCAGUGGGACAACAACGUUAGAGACCGGGGAAUCAGGAUUGCUCAACAAUUCACAGAACAGGGUUCUUCACAAGUUUCGGAGCCUGAAGCCCCAGACCACUUGCGAAACCUACUUCCCACGUCCGAGUUCUUCAAAAAAUUCAGAAGCAACAAACUCAGAGAGAGCAGUGCCAACUGGAAACACUACGAGUGCCCAGUGUGCAAAGAUGCCGAGGGCCGUCCUUUGGUCGCCGUUGGGGAGGACAAUUGGAAGAUACACGAGAGCAGUAGGCGGCACAAAAAGCAGGUUUCAUACAAUGAGCGCAAGCGAGCACACGAUGAGAUUGUGGCAAAGUAUAAGAAGAUCAAGGAAGAGAAAAUGAAGGAGAAUGGGAAAAAUGAAGAAGAAGUCAAGAAAAUUAAGGAGGAAUGCUGA